ACCGAGGGGCGGGUUAUCAACAACGGUCCGUGGUGCCAACGUUGACUGAGGGACAGAGCUCGAGUGUUGUUUUGAAUUUACGAUAAGACACCGAUCGGACGGGGGGCUCGGGCCUAUGGAUAAGAUGGCGGAUGUAGAAGACGAUGAAACUCAGUCGGCUCCCCCUACGGCAUCCCGUAACGGUCCGGCUGUCGGUUCGUCCGCGGGCACCGCGGGCCAGAACAUAGCGAGCGUGACGGUUACGUCAGGUCCGCGGACGGUGAGGAUAGUCAAGUCGGAGUCCGGCUACGGGUUCAACGUCCGCGGUCAAGUUAGCGAAGGAGGGCAGCUCCGCAGCAUCAACGGGGAGCUGUACGCUCCUCUCCAGCAUGUCAGCGCCGUGCUGCCCGGGGGAGCGGCGGACCGAGCCGGGAUAGCAAAGGGCGACAGGAUCCUGGAAGUGAAUGGGGUGAGCGUGGAAGGUGCCACCCAUAAGCAAGUGGUGGACCUCAUCCGUGCAGGGGAGAAGGAGCUGGUUCUGGCUGUGCUGUCUGUUCCAGCUCAGGAGGCCGAUGGGUUGGAAGUAGGAGAUGAUGUCCAACCCAACUAUGACUACAGCGACAAGCAGGCGGUGCCCAUUUCCAUUCCCACGUACAAACAUGUAGAGCAGCACUCCGAGAGGUUUGUGGUCUACAACGUGUACAUGUCAGGUAGACAGCUGUGCUCAAAGCGCUACCGGGAGUUUGCCAUCCUGCACCAGAACCUAAAGAGGGAGUUUUCUAACUUCAACUUCCCAAAGCUUCCCGGUAAAUGGCCCUUCUCCCUGUCUGAACAGCAGCUGGAUGCUCGCCGUAGAGGCAUGGAGGAAUAUCUCGAGCGAGUUUGCUCUGUGCGGGUGGUCGGUGAGAGUGACAUCAUGCAGGAGUUUCUCUCUGAAUCAGAUGAGAACUACAAUGGAGUGACAGAUGUAGAGCUGCGGAUAGCCCUGCCAGACAAGACCACCAUCUCUGUGAGAGUACGCAAGAACAGCACCACAGAUCAGGUGUACCAGGCAUUAGUGAUGAAGGUUGGGAUGGACAGUAUUAUGGCGAGCUACUUUGCCCUUUUUGAAGUCAUCAACCACUCCUUUGUGCGGAAGCUGGUUCCUAAUGAGUUUCCCCACAAGCUUUAUGUGCAGAACUACACGUCAGCAGUGCCAGGGACUUGCUUGGCGCUCCGCAAAUGGUUGUUCAGCUUCCAGGAGGAGGAGUUACUAAGAGACAACCCGCUGGCACUGCACUACUGCUUUCACCAGGCACUGGAAGAUGUGAAGAAGGGAUUCAUAAAAACAGAGGACAAAUCCUACCAGCUGCAGAAACUGGCAGAGCAGCGCAAGAUGGCCACGUACCUGAGUCUGUUGCGGACAUGUGAGGGCUACAAUGAGGUGGCCUUCCCCCACUGCUCCUGUGACUCCAGGAGGAAAGGACAUGUCAUCACAGCUAUCAGCAUCCAUCACUUCAAGCUGCACGCUUGUACCGAGGACGGCACGCUGGAGAACCAGGUGAUAGCUUUUGAGUGGGCGGAGAUGCAGCGUUGGGACACGGACGAGGAGGGGAUGGCGUUCUGCUUUGAAUACGCCAGAGGAGAGAAGAAACCUCGCUGGGUCAAGAUCUUCACUCCAUAUUUUAACUACAUGCAUGAGUGCUUUGAGCGGGUCUUUUGUGAGCUGAAGUGGAGGAAACAGGUUGAGGAAGAGGCAUCUGACAAAGACAACAAAAACUGCAGUAACAAUGGGCCAUCUCCAAGAGAUCCACACAUCAGGAGGAAGAACUCUUUGCCCCAUGUGAGACAGCACAAGACCAGCGAUGCUGGAAGCUCCGAGGCUGAGUGAGCAACCUUCUGGGGCUACAGGAAGUAAAGACCGAUGUGUCAGCUGAGGACUGAGAAAGUGAGAUGGCUCAGGACACUCAUAUAUAUGACGACGGCAUGCCACAAAGGCACUUGAGUUGGAAUUUAGGGAACUUUCUUGGUGAUGCUGCUGAGAGACUGACCAAUGUGUGUGUGUUGUGGCAGCUGAAGAGAAAAAACAAAAAUCCCAGAUUUGUACCCUGAAUCGUCUCUCUGUGUUCCAGAUUAUCUUCCUCCUCUGGAGACCCAGCAGAAGGGAUGGCGCCACCUAGGGGGAGAGAUUGCAACUUCCUAAAAUCAUUUGUCAUCACUCGAACUAGAACUGGUCCACUUGCAUCAUCACAGCCACCCCAGAGCGCCCAUCGACAAACACCGAACCGAGUGAAAGACUGAGGCGAUCCACGCCCCCGAAAAACACCCCGGACGAGACCGGAAGUGGAAUAGCCCGACUACCGACCCCGGGGUGCACACAGCAGGAAGAGCAAUCAAGGAAAAUAAACGCAAGCCAACUUUCAUGUCAUUCACUAGA